AUGGCUACAAAAAGGGCCGGCAAGGCGUCUGGUGCCCGCAAAUCAGACACCAUUUCCAACAACGAACCACCUGUGCCCUUCAAGAAGGCCCCUGACAGCUUGGAGCCAUUCUUCGACCAACUCUCCGCCCGCCAUAUCUAUAUCGCACACAUUGAUAGCAAACCUGCGUCCUUUAAGCGAAAGAUAUUCAGUGUCCCGGUUCUCAUGAACAUUGGCGUUGUGCUACUGUUUGCUCUACGGGUUUGGUACAUUGGACCAUAUUACUACCUGCUGCUCCAAUCCGCUCUUGGUACCGCCAAUGCCACGACGUUUUUAGCCAAGGAUCUGUCCUGGAACCAGUUAAUCUCUGUGAUAUUCCGCCGUGGCUUUACUUUUAUGCUAGACCUUACCCUGUGUGUCUUUGUCUGGCCAUGGCCCAUUGAGUUCUGUUUCGGUACCACACAUGGCAACCCCGUUGGUUGGCGGAUGCAGGUCGGCUUCCGCGACAAGGAGAUCUACGUUCGCCGCAGCCGCUCGUGGUAUUCAUCGACAAAGAAUAGCACCAUAUCGGAAGAUGCGGCCGGCAGCAACAGUGGCGCCACGACGAAAAUGGAUCUGGUCAACGAUGAGGAUGCUCGUCGCCUGCUUGUUGCACACAUCAGCCAAGCGACAUCGCCACUGUUGACCCAGCAAAAGACGGGCUACCUCACCAUGGACGGCAAUUGGGACCUGGAUUGGAACUUGAUGGUGCUGGCGACGCACCUGGUGGACAAAAAGGAACUCGCGCUCGAGGCCUUUACAUCACUGACACUUCUUCACCAUGACGACUAUGGCUGGCUGACUGUAGACUUGCGGUCACUAGGUGGUGGUGUUGGCUCUAGUGCCUCCUCGGGUGACGAUGACAUUCGCCGCAGACAAGUGUUUGCUUUUCGUGAUGCGCUCGCUACGAUUGGGAAGGAGGACUUGUUUUUCCGUUGGAUUGAAAUUAUUCAGUUCGAGGCUACGCGGCCUGGAGGUCUUGGCGAUGCAGAAAGGCAAGCAAUAGUUGCUAAAGAGGUGCGGGAUGUAUUCCAAGAAAAUGGCGUAGACUUUGACCAGCUCUGGGCUGACUCGGUAGGUACAGAAGGACUUCACGGAAUGUAA